UACGUGCUUGACGUCAUGCGAACGAUGAAUAUUUAGCAAUUGUUUUAGUUUAAGUUAUUCGUGAUCUUCUUUGUGGACUAUAAUUGUUAAAUGUGUUUAGUGAAUAAAGGAAAAUGGAAACCGAUUGGAUGAUAGAAGAUUCGACCACACCAAAGGUGACAUCUUUGACAUCUUUAGAUUCGGGAGUGCGACCAGCGCCCAGUGGGGCACAGUAUAUUGCAGAACGUAACACAUGCCUCAAUUUAUUCUCAAGAUGGAACGAAACAGACCAGGUGGAGUUUGUGGAGCAGCUGCUGUCGCAGAUGUGCCACUACCAGCAUGGCCACAUCAACUCAUACCUCAAACCCAUGCUGCAGAGAGACUUCAUCUCCAUGUUGCCCAAGAAGGGGUUAGAUCAUGUAGCAGAGAACAUUCUAUCAUAUCUUGACGCGAGCUCGCUGUGCGCUGCGGAGCUGGUCUGCCGGGAGUGGCAGCGUGUGAUCUCGGAGGGGAUGCUGUGGAAGAAGCUCGUUGAGAGGAAUGUGAGGACCAACUCCCUGUGGAGAGGAUUAGCUGAGAGAAGAGAAUGGAUAAAGUACUUAUUCAAACCAAAGCCAGGUUGCCAGCAUCCAUCUCACUCUUUCUACCGGCAGCUCUACCCCAAGAUCAUACAGGACAUACAGUCUAUUGAGGACAACUGGCGACAAGGCAGGCAUAACUUGCAGAGGAUAAACUGCAGAUCUGAAAACUCCAAGGGUGUGUACUGUUUGCAAUAUGAUGACAACAAAAUCGUGUCAGGACUGAGAGACAACACCAUCAAGAUUUGGGACAGGAAAACACUGCAGUGUGUUAAGGAGCUACAAGGUCACACGGGCUCGGUGCUGUGCCUGCAGUACGACGAGCGGGCGAUCAUCUCCGGCAGCUCGGACAGCACGGUCCGCGUGUGGGACGUCGCCACCGGCGCGAUGCUCAACACACUCAUACACCACUGCGAGGCCGUGCUCCAUCUCAGAUUCUGUAACGGCAUGAUGGUCACUUGCAGCAAGGACCGAUCGAUAGCGGUGUGGGACAUGACGUCGACGACGGAGAUCAUGCUGCGGCGCGUGCUGGUCGGCCACCGCGCCGCCGUCAACGUCGUCGACUUCGACGAGAAAUACAUCGUCAGCGCUAGUGGGGAUAGGACUAUAAAGGUGUGGAGCACGUCGUCGUGCGAGUUCGUGCGCACGCUGAACGGGCACAAGCGCGGCAUCGCGUGCCUGCAGUACCGCGACCGGCUCGUGGUGUCCGGCUCCAGCGACAACACCAUCCGCCUGUGGGACAUCGAGUGCGGCCAGUGCAUCCGCGUGCUGGAGGGCCACGAGGAGCUGGUGCGGUGCAUCCGCUUCGACAACAAGCGCAUCGUCAGCGGCGCCUACGACGGCAAGAUCAAGGUGUGGGACCUGCGCGCCGCGCUCGACGUCCGCACGCCGCACCAGGAGCUCUGUCUGCGCACGCUCGUGGAGCAUACAGGGCGCGUGUUCCGGCUGCAGUUCGACGAGUUCCAGAUCGUGUCCUCGUCGCACGACGACACCAUCCUCGUGUGGAACUUCCUCGACUGCGGCGCCUCGCCCGACCAGGCCGUCCAGCCCGCCCGGGACCCCCACAGACCCUUCUACGACUAGGAGCGCGCGAAACUCAAGAGAAUGUGUGGACAUAAAGUGAGGUGAUUGUGUUACUGGUUCGCCGGCAGACCGCAGCCGCUGCGGUGCGGCGUCGCUCGUCGCUGCGACGGAAACGCGCGUCACGGACGUACUGCCUAACUAUAGAAUAGUCCAAUUUUGUUACACGUAAGUCAAAUUUUUAUCGUCGAUAACGACAAUUUUGAUCUUGAUCGAAGUUCCAAUCGCGUACCGCGUUAAUAAAAAUUUAAACAUGUAAAUAAAUAAGAUAUUGUAUAAAACGACGCUUUCACAGUUAAAAUAUCAAUAUUUAUAAUUAAUAUUAGUAAUGGCAGUCUAUGUGAUAUACUAUGGAACACCACAUGUAGCGAACAAUGCAAGAUGGACUCACACAAUAAAAGUAAACUAGUUUUGUGAGCGCGAGUUACCAGAUGUAGGAAGUGUGAUGUCAAAUUAUUAUGAAUGUCUCACAAAAUACCUCCAGUAGAGAAAAAUUAGACUCUCGAUGUUGUAGGUAAUGAUAGUUCAUCUAUCGUAGUCGAGUAAAUCUGGAUAUUUCCAUUCAUUCAAGGAAUCUCACAUUACAACACACUUAAGGUGAGACCGCACUACGCGACACGUCAGUUCUGUGGAACGUGAAUUGUCGCUUUAGUGCGGUUUCGCCUUUAACAUUCGACAGUCGCUAACUUCGGCGACUCUAUGACGUUUUACCAUAAGUCAUCCAUUGUAAAACAUGCCUUUCACUUACAAAAUCAUGAAAAUCUUGGCCCCUAUCGAAUCGGUAAGGAAAAGCUUCUGUCUUGGCAUAAAAAGAUGCUGCUGCUGCAAAAUAUUCGUAGUGUUAUAAAUAUGUACAGAAUUAGUCCCUGAGGCAUAUUAUUAUUAAUCUGUGCUUAUGUAACUUAAUUAUAUUCUUAAAUUGCUUUGGUUGAGAGAACACCACAUAAGUAACAUUUUUCAAUCUUGGUAUCAACCUACCAGAGAAUUUGAAUUAGUUUAUUGCAUUUUUUUUAAUAUUUAUACAGCAGUUAA